AUGACUCCUGGUAUGCGUGCUCUCUCCGGGCUGGACAGCGAUGAUGAGCUCGAGGAUGAAGAACGCCUCCGCCUCGGACUUGCCGCUGCACUCAUUCUGGGUGCCCUCGACUCGCGACUUACUCGGGCGACAAACCACCGUCAAACCUACCUCACAUGCCCUGAGCUCAUGCCCGAUCCACGAAUCAACACUCCAUGGCAGCGACUCUGGGAGAGCCAAAAUGACCGCGCGUUCAUCACGACAAUGGGGAUCGACGUCGAGACCUUCCACUACUUGCUGCACAAUGGCUUCGCCGAAAUAUGGGCUACGACUGCCAUACCCUGA